CACACACACACACACACACACACACACACACACACAGCUGCUGAGUGAGAGUAGCAGUCCUUUCCUCAGACGGCCACAGUACUCCUGCUACCUGCCGCCCACCAGCCGCGUCAAGGACACCGAGGAGAACCAGGCAGGGGGUCCUACACACACUUCCCUCCCGAGGACUCGGCACUCCUUCCAGGGGACAGCCAGCAGGGACCCUCCCUUGCACCUCCAGACAGACUUACAACCAGACUUCAGACCUCUCCUUGACUAAACUGACAGCAGAGGAAGGUGUCACUACUGCACCCCUCGAACCCUCAGCACCCCCCGAGGGUGAGGUAGUGACAUGGAGCUGCCCUGCCUGCCCCCCGAAACCCCCACCACAGCCAGCUCCUGCUCCACCGACCCCUUGUACGACAACUGUCUACCCCAUGCCGGGAGAGGGAGGGAUAGAGGGUUUAGGGAGAUGGAGAAGGAGAGAAAAAGGGAAAGUGGGGGACUUUGCAACCCUGCUGUAACUGGAAUCCUUCACCCCUCCUCCCCCCCUGGCCUGGUCCCAGCUGCAGCUGUGGUUCCCACACUGGGAAGGGGGAGAGAUGGAAGAGGAGGGGAGAGAGGGGCUGGCGUGCAGCCAGCUCACAGUCACUGCAGCUGGGGAGGCCUGGGAAGGCAGGGCUGGGACAUGGGGACAAACAGAGGAGAGAGAGGAGGAGGGAAUACGGGAGUGCAGGAGGUGGAGAGCGUUCGGCAUCAGCAGAGCCCCAGCCCGAGCGACGGAGACACACACGAGAGCGCUCUUUCCGUCUACGACAACCUCCACGCCGUGACCCCCACCGAGGACGCUGCCAUGGAAACCACUGUGACCUUCCCCACGCCCCAGCGUUUCCUGAGAAUCCCAGUGCCGGUCUCGGUGUUGAUGGAGGAUGGAGGGGUCAGCGGGGAGAGUAGCUCCUGGUCUUCCUGUGAAAUCCUCCUUGCAGGGAGCAGUGCCAGCAAUGGACCAGACCAGUACCAAGACCUGGACCCAGAACCGGACUUCAACCAGGACGAGCCCAUGUUCCAACUCCAGCCAUUGAUCCAACCACAACCCCAUCGACCAGAUAACUUCUCCCAUCUCCAGCCCCUUGUCCCACCUCUACAGACUUCUGCCACCCAUCCAGUCGAGCCUCUCCAGCCUUCUGGUCCGAUCCCUGUACCUGUCCGCCGGGUUCCCCCUCCCCUGCCCUUGGCAGACCCCUCAGCCAGCGCCCUCCGCAGCCUCCUCACCAGCCUCCAGCAGCAGAUAGCCAGGCAGAGAGAGGAGUACGAGGAACGCAUACACAGUCUGGAAGAGAGGAACGAGGCUCUCCAGGUAGAGGUGUUUGACCUCAGGGCCAACCUGGCUCAGCAGAGGCGGUGGUACUCUGUGGUCCAGGCUAAGAUCUUGGAGUCAGAGAGGGGCCGGGCUGAAGCAGACCUCCGAAACACAGCCCUGCAGAGGGAGAUGGAACAGUUCUUUGACACCUUCGGAGAGCUCAACAACGAGGCCAAGAAGACGGAGAAAAUCGUCAGGAGUUUCUGAGACUGACCUUUGGCUGAGGGGUGUGUGCUGUGUGUGCUGAGGAAGUGAAGUAUGUAUGAUGAGAUUGGAAGUGGUAAGACAACUGUCUUUAAACUAAGACUAUUUACACAAUCUUUAAGGCCAGCUGGAGAUGAAACAUUUGAGUAUGAAGCGCUGCCUUCAGGAAUUGUAAUGGAUUAUGGAAUGGUUCAUGAUCAGAAAUGUGCAUAUUCAUAAGCUACAGUAUAUUGUCCAUGGAUUCAGACCACGGGCUCAUACACCUUUAUCUUGCGUCAUGUUUGGCUCAUCUUUGAUGAUUAUAUCACACCUCUCUAUUAGCAUUUUCUAGUGCUGGGUCGGGAUCUGGAAAAGCUGAUUCGCCAGUUCGGUGGGGGAAAGCGCAAAAGGCGCUCGCACACAUCUAGAAGGUUCUGAACUGGUAUCGAUGUACAGUACCUCUGCAUUUACAGCAAUUAAACAGCACAUUCUUUGAGUUGUCCACUUUUAAUUGAUGGGGAAGGACAACAUGAAGGCAAAGUGGUAUUGUGAAACAGCAUGUCAUUGCAGACGGUACAUUAUGAAAAUGAACAAAAUAAAAGAAAAUGAACAAGAUAAAAA